CGGUGAUGGUAGUCGGUGUAUUCUUUGUCUACAUCAGGUGAAAACUAACCAUGAAUGGUGUUAGAGAGUCGCGAAUCCAAAAUGACUUCAGAUGGAUUUAGACCUACAAGUAGUGAUGCACAGUCUUCUGUCCCAUCAGCUCCUCCUCUCCGCCAACUCCCACUGCCUUCCCAAACUGAAAGUUCUAUGACCUACGGGAGCAGGGUUUUCGGACCUUCAGAUAUGGAACAAGCAACAAAGAUGCGUCAAAAAGAGAUGCAGUUCAAGAUUGUUGGUGCUAUAGAGCAACAAGAUGUAAGUCUACUGACUUCACUCAUCAACGGAGGCGUCAACCUGGACGCUGUCAUUCUGUACGCAAAGACACCUCUUACGUAUGCUCUGGAAUUAGGUCACAACGACAUAGCUUGUCGUCUCAUAUGUGCCGGAUGUGAUGUUGAAAAAUUUGUGGAAUCUAGCAUGGGGUUGAAACCUAUACAUUUUGCUGUGCGAAGGAAGUGUAACAAUGCACUGAAAGAAUUGAUAGCACAUGGAGUUGAUGUUAAUGGAACUGACUCAGGAAAAACAACCGCAUUGCAUUACGCUUGUUAUCUGGGGUUUGAAAAUACAGUAAACAUUUUGCUUUCAAACAAUGCAGACAUUGCUUAUAGUGACAGUUGUGGGCGAACACCUUUGCACCGUGCAAUAGAACAAGAGCAUCAAAACAUUGCCGAGAAUCUGAUCAAACAUGGUGCAUCUGUAAAUUGUCAGGAUGUAUAUGGAUGGCCACCAUUGUUUCAGUCUAUCAUCUUCAAUUCCAGGAGGAUGGUAGAAUUUCUAAUUGAACAGAACUGUGAUUUGAGUAUUAGUGAUUGUCAUGGAAACACAGCCUUACACCUCGCCUGUGACAGAUGCUCUCCAAACAGUACAAAAAUUCUUGUAUCAACCUCUGUUGAAUACCAGAAACGAAAAAAGAAAAUUCCAACAGAAGAAUUAACUCAUCUUUUGAUUGGUCAGAACUCUAAACCGUGUCAUUCAAUGAUCCAAUUAUUAGUCAAUGCAGGAGCUUGUAUAAACAUGAGAAACAGAGCACACGAGACUCCCAUGUAUUUGUCAGCGUUCUGCCAAGACUUCAUUCUCACUGAUUACUUGUACUUGGCUGGAGGCAUGGUUAACAGACAAUGGUUGCAGCUAUGUGAUGAUGUACACCUUGUAAGACGUGGCAAUGAUGUCUAUGCCCCACAACGCCACCAGUUUGAACCUUUGUUUGAACAGCAGUUCAGUCUGUCUCAUCAGUGUCGAGCUUGUAUUCGAAUGACGCUUGGUCAAACCAAAAACAUACGAAACGCCAUUACCAAGUUACCUGCACCACCAAAGUUAAAAGUCUAUAUUGAUGCAUGUGAAUUGAUGAUGGAAAUGGUCAGCAAAAAGGACAUGCAAGCAAGUGUUUCAUAGUGUUAAUGUCAGAUGGCAAAUUGUCCUAGAGAAUGAAACUGUUAAUCAUUUGCUGUAGAUUUCCCCGAAUUUUUAUACGCCAUUUUGACCAUCAUACCGACGGAAUGUUUAUCAGAAACACUGAAUAUAAACAUACCAACUAAAAUGAAUAUUUAUAUGAACCAUCUGAUGUUGUCAGUUUCAUGCUAAUCAUCUGUAUAGUUAGAAUUAAAUUUCCAAAGUUCCAGGACAGCAGCAACACAUUGUUAAAAUCUCUUCCUACCAGCCUGAAUCAGAGUGUUUUUCCCUUGUGAAGAUUGGGUUGGGAAAGACAGCUAGUGUGUUAUCAUAUAACGCUACUCACAAUAUGUUUCGUCAUCAUUUUAUGUAGCGAAACAAAUGGAUAUGUCACAGAUUUUGACACACGUUUCAUUGGAAAUAGACAAUGGCUGGAUGUAAAGGUUUCACAACAGCUUACAAUUUGUUACUGUUUUUCUAAGUUUGUGAGAAAAAGAUUCAAACAUGCGUUGUUCAAUGGACCGGGAUACCCCCUGGAACCCUUGUGCAAGAGUUUGACUGGUCAGCACAAGGCAACCCUUUUGGCACUGUCUUUGCAUUAAAAUGUAAAUCCACAUGUGUAGGCAGUUAGUGUUCAAAACCCGUGCAAAAAUGACAUGCUUUGCUCAGACACUUAAACAUUUCAGCAAUCAUGAACAUAAUUUUCACAACUACCAGAUCUAUGUGUUGAUAUUGAGUAAGUACUUUUAUUACACCUAGAAUUCCUUUCCUGUGUCCAUGAGGAUAACUACACAUUAUUGUACCUGAGCAGUUUGUAUGAAAAAUAGCAAUCAUAACUUAACUCUUUAAAUAAAUGACACAACAGACUAAUUUUUAA